UAGAGCUCAAUUUGCUACCACGUGUACUGUUAUUGCAAAUUUUGCAUAGAUGCGAUUUUGGCUGCUUAUGCUAUGUAUUCUCUCUAUUUUUUGAACUUCCGAUCUAUCACAAUGAUGUUUGAUGGCUGGGUGUGUGCUUUUCUCUUGGUGCUUUCGCUUUCUUGGUCUGCGGAGGUAAUUGAUGCAAGUGCUGGUGAUGCUGAUCCCCGCUACAGGGGUUGUGUAACACAAUGUCAGCAAAGUGGAUGUGUUGGCCAAAGAUGCUUUCCAAACUGUAAAUUUUCUUCAGAUGGAGAACUUUUUGAUCGCCCAUGGUACAUGCAACAAGGACCACUCUAUUUACAAUGGAAAAAAUGGGAUUGUCAAUGUGACUGUCGGUACUACUGCAUGGUUGAUAGAGAGAAAGAAAGGGAGUCACAAAACCUUGGCCCUGUCAAAUAUCAUGGCAAAUGGCCAUUCAGGCGUUUAUAUGGGAUGCAGGAGCCUGCUUCAGUGGCUUUUUCUGCUCUAAAUCUUGCAAUGCAUUUUCAUGGUUGGGUCUCCUUUUUGAUUCUUAUAUACUAUAAAUUGCCUCUAAAAGAUGGAAAUAAGGCAUAUUAUGAGUAUGCUGGUCUGUGGCAUGUGUAUGGGCUCUUAUCACUAAACUCCUGGUUCUGGAGUGGGGUUUUCCACAGUCGAGAUGUUGAUCUAACAGAGAAACUAGACUACUCAUCUGCAGUGGUUCUCCUUGGAUACUCCCUCAUUUUAGCCAUCUUAAGAACCUUCAGUGUUCGGGAUGAGGCUACCAGAGUUAUGGUUGCUGCUCCAUUGAUUGCUUUUGUGACCACCCACGUAAUGUACAUCAACUUCUAUUUACUAGAUUACGGAUGGAAUAUGAUAGUUUGCGUAGUGAUGGCUGUGGCACAACUUUCCAUGUGGGCAGUUUGGGCUGGUUUUAGUAAGCAUCCUUCGCGUUGGAAGCUAUGGUUUGUAGUUUUUUCUGGUGGCCUUGCAAUGCUUUUAGAAAUCUAUGAUUUCCCUCCAUAUCUUGGACUUUUUGAUGCACAUGCUAUUUGGCAUGCCACUACUAUUCCUCUGACCUACAUUUGGUGGAGUUUCAUCAGAGAUGAUGCUGUGUUUCGAACCUCUAAUCUUGUUAAGAAGGCCAAGUAACUUCCUUUUCUGCUCACUCAACGCUUUGAAGAUCAUUCUUCUACUCACAGCCAAGGCUUAGUUUGAUGUUGUACUUGUGAGUGCUCAUUUCACUUUCCACCAUUAGUAUAAUUUAGUUGCGGAGUUUUGCCUUUACAUUUGGGUGAAAGAUGAACUUGACAUUCUUGAUUAUCACUUCAAGACUGAAAGAUCAUUUCAGGAUUUUGGCAUAUUUAUAUUUAGAUUACUUAAAUGUGUACAAAUUCUUACUUGUAUUGGUUGAGUGAUUCAAUUUUGAAGGAUUCUUUGGUAGGUUUGCAUGUGUACUAUGGACAGAACGAAAUGGAACUGUUAUAUCAGUUCUCUUUUAUUCCAUGCAUUUUAGUUGCA